AUGCAGAGAAAUCUAUGGUCUGAUUUUGAUGUUGAACCAACAGAUGUAUUCCUUGCCAAACUUUUACAUGUAGAAAAUCUAUUUGAAGACGAAAAUUUAUCAGUAAAUCCGUUGGAUCAAUCAGAUAGUCAUCCAAGUCAUUUACAAAAACGUGGUCGACAAUGCUUAUGGAAAGUAUGUAGUUGGGCACUUGACAAACGAUCACCUUCAACAAAUCCUGGUAAUGGUUUAUGA